AUGAAGUACACCAUUGCCCUCGGCGCUGCUCUCGCCGCCACCGCUUCGGCCGCCCCCCUUGUCGACCUUGGUUCCAGCCCCAAGAUCGAGCUCGAAAAGUCCCCGAUCGACAAGCAGAUGAUUGGCGGUCUUUCAACCCCCUCUGUCUUUUCCUCAACCCUCAACACCAAGACUGCGCCCAUCAACUACGGAAACCUCAACCAGGGUACUGGCAUGAUGCCCAGCCAGGUCGUCCACUACGGCGUGGAGAACCAGCCCGACCAUGGUUACGUCUCACCCGUCCUUGUCUCGUCAACCGGAAAGGAGCUCGUGUAUCAGACCUCCAAGGCCGAAAAGGCGAAAGACUUGAGAAACGUGGAUGCCGACGUUGGCACGCUGAAUCUGAAGGGAUCCACCAGGUAUGUGGAUAUGGAUGUGGACAUGGAUGCGGAGGAACACGAGAAGUGGGGCAUGUUCCCUCCUUGGCGCCGCCCCUUUUGGUACCGUCCUUGGUGGUAUCGCCCCUGGUAUUAG